UUACAGGCAUCUAGCUUCACUAUUUUGAUAGGCACAAGGGAUUAUACAUUUCCGCUUAAUUCAACGCCAGCAUUCUUGAUUUUAUAUUCAUUGCGUGUCCAGGAGAAAUAUAGGGCUCAACAAGUUGGUAGAAGGUCUCGAUAACUAGUAUAACACUAGUUGUUCCACAAGGAAAUUUACAGUGCUUGAUGGUGUUCCGCCGAUAGCUUGUUCAUCUAGUGUGUCCAUGCCACCUUAGGUGGGAGAUCUUACAGCCCCAGUUGGACAAUCCUAGGUAUACGAUGGUUUUUCUGCAAAUGGGUGGUGAAAAUAAAGUAUAACCAAUGGUCCAUCUGCAAUGGGGGUUUGUGAGGAUUUUUCUGUAGAAAGAUGGAAGAGCAGUUCAUACUCCGUGUCCCGCCAUCGGUUGCAGAGCGGAUCGAACGCCUUCUCAACGAGAAUCCGUCUUCUUCUGAAGACAAUUCAUUGGAUUUAUCUUUCUCAGAGGAUGGAAGAAGUGGUACAUUUGUCAUCGGGAACGACCAUUUUCCCGCCUCUCUUCUAGAUCUUCCUGGCAUUGUGGAGUCAUGCAAAACUUAUGAUGAUAAUGUGCUGAUUAAAACCACCGAUAUUGGUCAGAUAAUCAUGGUAAGAGAAGAGGUCGAUUCUGCUCCAGAAGGGGUUGAGUCCAGGCAUGGCCUUACCCCUCCAAUGAGGGAUGCUCGCAGGAGAAGGUUCCGUAGAGAACCUGAUCUAAAUCCAGAACUUGUCCAACGGGUUGAGAAAGAUCUAGUGAACAUCAUGGCUGGUGGAACAGCAGAGAAUGUCGAUGUUGAAGUAGUCGAGCACGAGGAAGAUGGCGACGAGAAUGCACGUAAUGCACCAGAGAAAACUGCAGCUGCACCCCCACAGAAGCCAGAGGCUCCGGAGGAGGCAGGAAUGAACGGUGGUGAGCCUGAUAGAAGCGACUCUGAUGACUCUGAUGAUUCAAUAUAGGCAGAAAGCCCAGAAUCUUCAGUGACAACUGUGUAUAUGAAGUUGGCAUAUCUUCUGGUGGGUAGGCUGUGAGAUUGAACCCAUGACCUGAUGGUUGCUACUAAUGGCUGGCCGUGAGGCUCAGUCCAUUGUUGUAGAGGUAUACUGAAAUGCAAUCCAGUCAUUUCCUCUUGGGAUAGAUUAGCUUGCAUGUUCCAUUCGAACCAUGGCUUGAGUGAGGUGCCACAAUAUAUGAUUUGAUUGGUGCUACUUCUAUUCAAGAACUUUCAUUUCAUACUA